GCAUAAUGCCAUCAUUAGUAGCCGUGUAGCUACGCUACAAGAAAAAAGAUUCUUUUUCGUCUGGUAAUAUUUAUUGAGAUAAAUCGAUUGGGCAGCUACAGAAAUAGUAAUUUGAGUUGAUUAAAAUACCAGCAAUAGAAGCAAGAACGCGUACUGGAUGGAUUUAUAAGCACCAAAUUUGACGGAACGAAGGAAACAAAGGUAAUAAAUAUUUAAACAAAAUGACCCAAUAUCUGCCGCCAAAUCUUUUGGCGUUAUUCGCCUCACGGGAUCCAAUACCGUUUAUGCCACCGGUGGAUAAGUUGCCCCAUGAAAAAAAAUCUCGAGGCUACCUGGGCGUAGCCAAAUUUAUGAGCGACUUUGAAGACCCAAAGGACACACCGCUACCCAAAACUGUGGAAACGCGUCAGGAGCGACUCGAGCGAAGGCGGCGCGAAAAAGCCGAACAAGUGGCUUAUAAGCUAGAACGCGAAAUCGCACUAUGGGAUCCAACCGAGAUUAAGAACGCCACAGAGGAUCCAUUCCGUACAUUGUUCAUAGCGCGCAUCAACUACGACACAUCCGAGUCAAAGUUGAGGCGCGAGUUCGAGUUCUACGGCCCCAUCAAAAAGAUCGUGCUCAUUCACGACCAGGACUCAGGUAAACCCAAGGGCUACGCCUUUAUUGAGUAUGAACAUGAGCGAGAUAUGCACGCGGCGUACAAGCACGCCGAUGGUAAGAAGAUAGACAGCAAGCGCGUCCUGGUGGAUGUUGAACGCGCUCGGACCGUCAAGGGAUGGCUGCCACGACGCCUGGGUGGCGGUUUGGGUGGCACACGGCGAGGUGGCAACGAUGUGAAUAUCAAGCACUCUGGCCGCGAGGACAAUGAACGUGAGCGUGAACGCUAUCGUUUGGAGCGUGAGCGCGAGGAUCGUGAGGGUGGUGUGCGUGGUGGAGCCAACAAUGGCGUCGAUGCACGUGGGGGGCGCCCUCCGUACGGCGGAGUCGUGGCCGGUGAGAGGCGUCGCUCGCGCUCCCGAGAUCGCAGAGAUCGUGAUCGGGAACGUGGCGCACGUGUUGGUCGCUCGCGCAGCCGUUCGCGCGAACGCCGAAAACGUCGUGCCGGCAGCAGGGAGCGCGACUAUGAUGAUUUCGAUGGACGACGCGACAGGCGGGACAGGGAGCGUGAUCGUGAUCGCGAGCGUGAAAAGAAAAAGAAGCGUUCCAAGUCACGAGAACGUGACUCAUCGCGUGAAAGGCGCGAUCGCAAGCGUGAGCGUCGGGAUCGCGAUCGGGGAGGUGCAGAUCGCAGUGCUGGCGGCGGUGAUCGCGAUGUCAAGGAACGCAAACCAGACUUCCGUGAAAUGGAUAUGAUUAAGAUUAAGGAGGAGCCAAUUGAUGACGGCUAUCCAACGUUUUCCAUGAAUGACUAUCAAAACACGGCAAUCAAACGCGAAAUGGACGAUGAGAACGAGGAGAAGUAUCGGCCGCCCGCUGCACAUCACAAUAUGUUCAGUGUGCCCCCACCGCCGAUACUUCCACGCAGCAACAAUCCAGACAAUGGUGGCCAAAAUGCCAGCGAUCCAACCUGGUGGCGGCAGUGAGACCCUGCCUUGUCGCAACGAUGCAACAACAACAACAAUUGGUAAUCGAGUACGAUAACAAUUUUCAGAGUUUUUGUGUAAUUAUCCUGCGCUGGUAACACUACAAUUAGAACUGUAACCACCAUCAUUUAGCACAAUCGAAUGUAUCGAUUGUUUUUAUAUAUUUAUUCAAUUGAAAUUUGAAAUUCAUAGCCAGAAACAGCCAGUGGGACGAUGCAGUUCGGAAACAACGAAGCGUAAGACAUGCUGUAAGUCCGUUUUAAGCUGGGAGCACUUUUCAAUUUCUAUAUUUAAAUUUAUCAUGAAAGCAAAACAAGUAAAAAAAAAAGAAAAAUAACUUAACAGAACAAAACAAACACAAAACCGUAAAUCAACAAAAAAUU